CAUAAGCUACAAACCAGGACCGCCGCAGCUGUCAGGCGUAUAUUUAUCCCCUCACCGGCCGGCGUUACUGCUUUUACUGCUCUUUUCACUUCGGGUAUAACUUAUUUGAAUUUGUUCGCUUGUUUUUCAUUUAUUCAUUUAUUUUUUGCGGGAUGUUAACAUGUUUUGAUUCACCGCGCAAGCGAUGAACGAAACGAAAGUAGAAGGGACCGGACCGACACCGGCGAAGAUUCUGUUGACUUCGGGCUGCCAAGCCCCUUUUGUCGGGCAGGUUGGAGGAUGGAGCUGAGGUUAAGCCGGGAUGGCAAGCCGUCCGUGUCCUGGCUCCUCCUCAGCCCAGCCCUUUUCUUUUCCCUUCUGGCCGUGCUAGUGAGCUGUCACGGUUCCUGCAAACACCGAGUCCCUUCUCCCAACGAGAUUGUCCACCAUGUUUACUUGAAGCCUGAGCGUUUGACUAAGAGAAGCUCUCCAGAAGACCUUCAGCUGAAAAUAAAGAUCAUCUAUGACAGCAGUGUUGACCAACUUACUGCAGACAAAAGGAGACUUGUGAAGGAUAAGCUCUUUCCUCAGGCCAUCGCUUACCUGCAGAGGGCUUUCAGUGUCAGGCGCAGAGUGGGGCCUGUACUGCUCAGCAGACAAUGUGCAACCAACCAGUACAUGAGGAAGAGAGAUGACCCUCAUCGCUACUGCCAGGACGCCUGUGCAAACCUUACGCGAUGUGGGCCCGUCAUUGUACCACAGCACCACCUGCAGCAAUGCAAGGUGUGCAGUGAGUCUGGGAAGUCAUGUGGCCCUACAGGGCCCCCAGAUGGGCCUGGAGUCGAAGGGUCCGAUUUUGUGCUGUACGUCAGCGGUGUCACCACAGAACGCUGUGGGCAGGAGAACAUAGUGGCCUAUGCUGCUUACUGCCAGCUGGAGGCGGAGCUGGAUAGACCUAUAGCAGGCUACGCCAACCUGUGCCCUGCUAUGAUCUCCUCUCAACCUCAGGAGUUUGAAGGGAUGCUGUCCACAGUCAAACAUGAAAUCAUCCACGCUCUGGGGUUUUCAGCCGGUCUGUUUGCUUUCUACCACGAUGAUGAGGGCAAACCUCUGACUCCUCGUUUUGCAAGCGGCCUGCCCGCCUUCAACGAGAGUCUGGGUCUGUACCAGUGGAGCGAUGCCGUUAUCAGAAGAGUUACCAGACUGUGGGACAUCAGAGGAGGCGUGAUGGUCCGACACCAAGUGCAUGUCCUUGUCACUCCUCGUGUUGUGGAGGAGGCGAGGAAACAUUUUAAUUGCCCCAUCCUGGAGGGGAUGGAGCUGGAGAACCAAGGAGGGACAGGAACCGAACUAAACCAUUGGGAAAAGAGACUCUUAGAGAAUGAGGCAAUGACGGGCUCCCACACUCAGAACCGAGUAUUUUCUCGGCUGACGCUGGCUAUCAUGGAGGACAGCGGAUGGUACCGCGCCAACUACAGCCUGGCUCAGAGGCUGGACUGGGGCCGUGGUCUCGGCUGCGACUUUGUCAUGAAGAGCUGCAAAUUCUGGAUGGACAAGCAGAGACAGAGAAGACACGCUGUAACUCCGUACUGUGACACAGUGCGAGCCUCUCCUCUGCAGCUCACCUGCAGACAGGAUCAGCUGGCUGUGGCUGUGUGCAACUUGCAAAAAUACCCACAAGAACUGCCACUUAAGUACCAGUAUUUCGAGCGGAUCCCUGACGUGGCUGCUGAUCAGCUGUCGUUCUUUGGGGGUGCUGUGGAGAUCGCGGACUACUGUCCAUUUAGUCAGGAGUUCAGCUGGCACCUCAGUGGAGAAUACCAGAGAAACUCCUACUGCAGAGUGUCUGAGAACCAGCCAGACUGGUGGAGAAAUUAUGGAGCAGAGCAGUAUGGACCAGACUCUGUGUGUCUGUACCAGAAAUCAGCCUUUGUGAUGGAGCAGUGCACUCGGAAGAUGACGUACCCUGACUGGGGCUCCGGAUGCUACAAGGUGUCGUGCUCAGCUCAGGGCCUCAUGGUGUUCGUUCAGGAUCGUUCCUUCCUCUGUGUCCGUAAAGGUCAGCUGCUGAGCAUCAGCGUACGCGUUAACGAGUGGGUUUACAACGGUGUCCUCAUCUGCCCCGCCUGCACCGACUUCUGUGAUGACUGCCCCCUACCCUACCAUCUCCCACCCAUCAACACCUCCAGGAGCAACCCAAUUGAUCCAUGCUCCAGUUCUCCAGGUUUGGCCACCACUCUGUGGCUCCUGCUGCUCAACCUGUUUCCUCUAGUGGCUGGACUGCUGCUCUGCCACUGCAGCUGAUAAAACACACACACACCAAACACACCAAGGUAGCUGAACAGUCCUCUAUACCAUAGUCACUUGAGGACUUGGACUGCAGAUGUUUUUCCUCUUUGUUUUACUCAUUACCUCCUCCUUCCUUCCCUUCCGCACUUGCGUUCCUUUCUUUGCCAUUCUCAGCCUGUUUUCUCAUUUUGUUCUGUGACUGCAUCCUCAUGCAUCUCUCAGCACAGUCAGGUAUCCUUUUGCUGAAGGUCCAUUCAGUUGUCCCUCACCAGAUUUACAUGCACUUAAGUAAUCAGGUUAUAGCCAGCUUUCAUUUGAACAGGAUUUAUCUGACUGACACACACAGCCAAAACUCUGUCAGUUAUCAACAUGGAAAGCAGCUAAAUGGCAGCUAAUACUGUUAUUUGUGGGCGAAUUAUUGGCAAAAAGAGCAAGUUGGAUCGACAGGGACCAUUUUUAUGGCAGAGCAAUGGAACAUGAAAAAUAAGCAGUGUAAUUUGUCCUUUUCAGUGAGGCAGGGAUUACUCACAUUACAUAUACUCAGAAUGCACUAACACCACUUUUUUAUUAUCAAGACCAUGAUACAUAUAUGUACUUACAAUACACCUAUUAUUGUUGUUGUUAAUAUUGUUAUUAUUAUUAUUAUUAUUAUUAUUAUUAUUAUUAUUAUUAUCAACAACAACAACCUCUUCAAAACAAAAGUCUAGCAUGAUAGAAAUAAGUUUUUGUAUGUAAAAAAUAAUGAAUAAAAAGCCAAAUAUUUGCAAAUUUUAGCAUCUUGUAUUCAAAGAUCUGCUUAUUUCUCAUGUUUUCACACACAGGGUUUAGUGCAAAACGAGACAUUGAUCAGUAUGUUUCAUAUGCUAAUCGAUUAAUGAACAGUAAUUUAAGGUUAUUUUAGGAUUAAGAAUUUUAAAGUGAUUUUAUAAUGAAUCAUUUAUGUAAUUUGAAAUGACAUUUGUCAGCCCUUUUAUAAUAAUUGACCAGUUGUUACUACAGCUUGCUUUUCAGAUGGUCAGCUAACAUAUCCAAAGUUGUAAUAGUGUAAUAUUGUUUUGUGUACACUUGAAAUUGUAUUCACAGAUAUUUUUAAGGACGUCAUUGAAUGUUUAACCAGGUUACUGUAUAUAUGUUUAAUAUGUUUCUGAUUUCUGCUGGAACCAGGUUGCUUGCGGUGAUUUGGUUACUUAAGUGCAUGAAAAUGGUUAAUUCAAUUCAGCAUGUAGAGUGUCUGCAGCAUCAUUAUUCCCUAAAAAAACACAUUUUAGUUCUGGACACUUGUUUAUUUUCAAUUUUUUUGUUUUUUUUUUUUUUUUUUUUUUUUUACUGUGAGCUGUGGAAACCUGAUAGAUUCACAUUGGUUUCUGCCUAAAUUUCACAACUUUACUUCAGCUUUGGGAUCAUCGUACUUCGUCAGAUUCCUUUUUCUUACAGUGUAGUGAUGGAAGCGGGAUGUCUGUAUUUUUUAGCUGAUCUCUUCAAACUAAUUUCAAGAUUGUGACAAACUGACUGUCGAUCGACAAUACCACAAUGGUGCAAACUACCUGCAAACUUCUUCCUCUUAACUGAAACAACACGAGGCUCUGUGCAGUUUGCUGAACUCUGGUGGCAGCAGAAGGUAACUGUUCAAAGUUUUUUAAGCUUACAGGAUCUUUUAUGCUGAAAACUCUUUCUGUAAAUAUAAAUAUGAGACCGGACAGGAAUAUGGUGGAAGGACUUCCCCUGCCACCUCCUGACAGGUCACUUGAGCUUAAAUUCAUUACCUCAUUUUCUUCUAAGAGUCAUUUUAUCCUUAUUUAAGAUAUGUAGCUGUUCAGAUGUAGGUAUGGAUCUUCUUUGGAGUACAGAUUGAUAAUGUUGAUGAUCGUUUCUCUCUACAUGAUGAGCUCAAGCGUUUGCAUUCAAGGCCUUUGCUUUUUGCAAGUAGAAGUUUUGCUGAUGACGAUGCUGUACAUUCACUUUACUAUAAUUAUUUUCCAACCUCACAAAUAUAUAGGAAUUUAUUUGUUGUAAAAAGCAAAUGAAUUUUCUGUUGUUGUUUUUUUUUUUUUUUUUUUUUUUUUUUUUUUUUGGAUAAUCAGUCAACACAGAUUAACACCUUAACAACUCAGAUUGCCAAGCCUGCUGCUGCUGGCUUGGUGGAAGGUCUUUACUGAGGAGUAAUAUCUAAAAAAUGUUUCCCACAGGUUUCAUUUCAUUGUGUCCUCAGCAGGGCCAAAACCCAGCAACGUUUCCGCAAAUGAGUCCACUGACAUUUCAAAAGCACAAAGCUCUCAAAUUUCCUCCUGAGUUCAAAACCAAGACUGGAUUUGUCCUCGUUCCAUUGGUCUUAAAAUUACGUGACUGCUUAUUUCUGUUAAUUAUUGGCCAAAAAUUACAAACCAAAUGGCCUGUUUACAGUUAGCUUAGGUGGUGAUGCAAUGAGCUAAACUAAGAUUUGGCAGGAAUCCAGUGGUGCUUAAAAUCAUAAACCUGCUAUGGAAACACUUUUACUGUUUAAAUACAGAUUAUGUUUGGCUCUUUGUUUCUGUAAUGACGGGGACUCUUUCUCUCAGCAGUUCAUACAUUUGUUGGAUUAGCGAUUGUUUUCAGUUUAUGGCCCAGAGUGAGAAGGGCUCCUACAUUUGUGGUUCAUUAAACUCUUUUGCAUGAGCCAAUUGAGAACAGCCUCUGAAGCCACAAUGGCAAUGCUUUAGGAUAAAAGUGCAAAUUUCUGUUUGUUUGUUUUUUGUGGUGGAGAGUGGUGUGGAGAAUGAAUGUCUGAAAUAAUGAUUCGCUCCUUUUUUCCAAUGAAUCUGCAAUGUUUUGCUCUUAUUUAUGCAAAAACAAACAAAGACACAAAACAAACUCAAAAUGACACAAAAUUAUUAACAAACUUAUUAUUAACAAAUUUUUGAUUACCUUAAAAAGUACGUUGAGACACAAUUCUACCAGUUCAGUGAGGAGAGAAGAACAAUAAAGACACAAAAAUGACCUUCCAUAGAAAACAAAAACCUAUAAAAUCACCACACAGAUGCAAAAUAAGCACAUGAGCAUGCUAAAUGUCUCCAAUAGUGGAAACGUGACCAUGAAAGCCCUGAAAAUGUUUUGAAAUGAGAUGCAAAUUAAAAUUGCAAAGAAACUGUGUGACUUGCACAUAAAUUUAAGUUAGUAGCGUGGGUACAAAAUAAUUUUCGGACCGUAAUGAAAAGAAAAUAAUUCACCACUUAAAGAAAAUAUAAUCUAACAUUAAACAACUUGGUUUAGUGAUUGAUGUUAAUAAUCUGGCUCAUUUCCUCGACUAAUGGAGCUCAUUACAUUUAUUUAAGACUGACUUUGCAUUUCUGUGUUUGCACUAAAAGAACUGGCCUUAAUGUGCGGGGAUGUCUCUGUUUGAAAGCUGAUGCCAGGAGAGGUUUUAUUAUUAUCUGAAGCCCACAAAUGACGUUUGCCACCAGGUCGGUCAUGCAUGUGUGUCUGUGUUGUGUAAGAAUGUUUUAAUUGAUAACACUGUCAGUAAUGUGUCCGGGAACAUGAUUUAUAUGAUGUAAGUGUUUCGAGUCAUGCGCUGUAGAGUUUGUGUCGUUGGUGUUAGUCCUGUGCAGACCUGACCUCAGUUUACUUUGAUCAUGUUAAAAGUGAAUUUCAGCUAAAACUGACUGAACUGUAAGAGUUUGUGAUUUACUUUUACUUGUUUGAAAUUACUGUUCAAUGUGAUGACUGAACUUGCACUAAGUUGAGGGGGGAAGAAAAAAAUCAGAUCCCACGUCAGUGUUGGUGAAACACGCAGAAAUGUGAUGCUUCUGUUUCCAGUUAAUUUUAUGCAGAAAUGAGGCUGUUGAGAAAACAGCCGAUCUUUUCAGUGAGACACUUUGUGUUACUAAAAUGAUCUUUGUUAUAUUUAUUUUAUUUUUUAGGAAAAGGGCUGCUUUGUAAGACAAAUCAAGACUUUUGUCUCAGAAUAAAAACUGUCUGUAUCCCUGAA